AUGUCUCUUUUUAUUAAUCGUGAUUAUCUACGACUUUUAAAAUUAUUCCAUCCAUUAAAAUCUUCUAGAUUAAACAAACAUUCAAGUGCUUUAACGACAAAUCUAACAAAAAAGAAAAUGCGAGCUAAACUUGAAGGUGAUCAACGUAAUGAUACAUUGAAACAAUUAGAUACAAGUGGAUGGAAAUUAGUUGAUGAUCGUGAUGCUUUAUCAAAAACAUUUUUAUUUAAAGAUUUUAAUCAAGCUUUUGGAUUUAUGACACGUGUAGCUUUAUUAGCAGAAAAACUUGACCAUCAUCCGGAAUGGUUUAAUGUCUAUAAUAAAGUUCAAGUUACAUUGAGUACACAUGAUCUUAAUGGUCUUUCGACCUAUGAUUCACAAAUGGCUCAAUUUAUGGAUCAAUGUGCUUCGGGAACAAAAGAAAAUAAUAAAUGA